UAAUUCAUGAUAAAGGUCUCGAAUCCGAGCGGCCAUUUAGACUAAAACGGUCAUUGUUAUUUGUGCUUAGUUGUCGAAUGGAGUUGGUUUGUCAUGAAAAUGCUGAGUUUUGGGCCAGUGGAGAGUGCUCCGAGCGCAGGCCGGUUCGCGCCGGCUGUGACCCGGUUCUGACCACAGACACAAGGGUUUGGAGAAACCUGAUGAGUUUAGAGAAAAAACACACGAUUUCAGAGUCUUAUUUCGGCACCAUACAGAAAGAUGUGAAGCCGUAUAUGAGAAGAAUUGUAACUGUUUGGAUGUUGCAGGUGUGUGAGGAGCAGAGGUGCGAGGAGGAGGUGUUUCCAUUGGCAGUUCAGUACCUGGACAGGUACAUGGCUCACUAUGUCGUGGAUACAUCCAGUCUGCAACUGCUCGGUACUGUCUGCAUGCUCCUAGCCUCCAAGCUCAGAGAGGCGGUUCCUCUGAGCGCCACAAAGCUCUGCAUCUACACGGACAAUGCCGUCUCCCUUACACAGCUACUGCAAUGGGAGAUAGUGGUCGUGUCUCGGCUGGACUGGGAUUUGGCCUCAGUACUGCCCUCCGAUCUCCUGGAGCCACUUCUGCAGGGUCUUCCCAUAAUUCCUCAUGGCCUCUCAGCCCUGCGCAGGCACACACACUCAUACAUCGCUCUAGCUGCUACAGAGUUCACAUUUUCAACAUAUCAGCCCUCCAUUAUCGCCUGUAGCUGUGCGGCUGCUGCAAUUCAGCGUCUGAACCUGCUGGACGGCGCGCUGUCCCGCGACACGCUCCUGCAGUUCAUGGCUAACGUCUUAGACACUGACCUGGUGUCUCUCUGUAAUUGUUAUGCCGCCUUGGAGGAGACCCUGAAGCUCACUCUGCCCCCAAACACACCCCUGUGCAGGUCUGGUUCAUCUCUUCCUGAGGUCAGCAACACACCUGUUAAGAUCCAGGAAGCCAAACUGUCCCCUCUGAGUUUUACAGAAUAGGCCCAGAUGUCUCAUUAGCUCCUGUUCAUUAGAAU